AUGGCUUCUGAAGCAGCAAAGCCAGAAAGCCGCCUCCGAUCAUCACGCACGCAGCUACCGAGGAGAGCUUCCAGCCCCCCUGCCCCGAUGGGCCCAACCGCUGCGAAAGCAGAGGCUGAUCCACCGGCAAGCCGCCGAGCUGUGAGGUCUUCCGGACUCCACAGCGCUACAGCCGCGUCUCAAGCAAGGGAGGCGGCUUUGCGGCAGGCUUUUCCGGCUCGCAACCAGUCACCUCGAAGACGUGAGCUGUCACCGCAGCCAAAACCGAGGAUACCUGUCCAAACACGAAGUGCGCGCCUGGCGUCAUCGGGUCGAGCUGAGGCACAGGCGCCUGCUCGUCAGCAGGGUGCACCGCCACCUGCCGACAAGAACAAGCAGGCUGUGCAGGCUCUCCGGCGCCUGGUUGACCUCAAGGAGGUCAUCUGUCAAGAGGACAGAGCAAAAAGUCCGCAGCUCCCUGGAAGCUCUGUGCUGGUGCACAGCAUCGCCAGUGAAGAGCUCUUCCCCCCAGUCAUGCUGGACGACCUGGCAGGACAGGCGGCGGAGGCUGCGAGCACAGCAUGCAGCCCAAGUCUGUACUCCGCCGGUGCAGCUGGAGGAGGUGGUGGCGGCAGCUCAACUACGGAUGAGAGAAUGCGACAGCUCGUCCUCGAGAACCAGGCUUUGCGGGAGGCAUUCGGAGACACGCAGAAGAGGUUGAUGGAGCUGGAGGAUGAGAGACAAUGCUUCCUCGACGAGGGUGUGUAUGAUGUGGUAAACUCCAUCUGUGGCCAAACCGGGCUUUCUCCCAAAGCGGGCCUUACCGGGUUGAUGGGCGACGCAGACAACCACACCACCAAGACCAAUGGUGAUGCUGGUGCCAUCACCUUCCAUAUUGGCAGUGUGGACCCGUCUGCUGACCUGCUGGCACUUGCGGGUUCGCCGGUGGCUCCGCCGCCUUCAGCUGACCUGCUGGCACUGGCGGGUUCGCCGGCGGCCCUGCCGCUGUCGCCUCUGUCCCUCGCUCAGAUGGUGGCGAGGAGGUCGGAGCAGGAUCUUCGGUCAGCAGAGCUGAGUGGUGAGAACGACAAGCUCAGACGUGAGCUUGAGCGAACCACAAAAAUACUGGAGGUUCUGGAGCAGCAGAGGCAUCUGGCAGAGGACAAGAUGUUGGCGCUGGAGCAGGAGCAUGCGGUGCUUGUGCGAAGACUGGCGGAGAUGGAGGGAGGUGCACGAUCAGAGCUUUCCCCCGACUCUUUCGAGGUCGGGACCGUCAAGCCGUCAAGUCUCUUCUAUGUAAUGUAA